UCUGUAGAAAGUUAUUGUUAGUGAAGGAAUAGCAGAUGAUUUCUGAAAUUUACCUUCAUUGUGGGUGUUGUUGAUAUUUUUGUUCACUAAAGUGACUCUUGCAAUUGAAUGCUUACGAAUGAUGUCAACAACAAGUUUGUUCUUUAUUUAUACCAAUUCGGAUUUCUUUUUCGAUUUCCUUGAUGAUUCAUUCAACAUCCUUUGCGAAAAACGGUUGUUCAAAAUUGGAUAAAAUUCGAUGGCCUAUAUAAACUGAUGGAUUGUUCCAAAAAAGUCACAGUCGUCUUCCAAUCAACAACCAACCCAACCAACUGUAAAAAUGAAGGUCUUCGUCGCUCUUCUGUUCACGACUCUGGUCGCAGCCUCUCAAGCAUCCUAUCUGCCAUCGGCUUGGUCGUACGACUUGAACUCCUGGAACGGACACCUCGGUGGCUAUCCCUAUGCCAGUGGACUGUCCGCAGGUUGGCCAGCGACCUCUGUCUACGGUGGCCUGUACGGUGAACACAAGACUGUAUUCCAAGCCAACCUGGGCCAUAACGCCUAUCCUUAUGCUGGAGCCUGGUCCGGUGCCGGAUGGCCAACGACGUCCGUGUACGGUAGUCUCUAUGGUGGGCUGUACGGAGGACACAAGACCGUGGUGCAGGCCAACCUUGGCCACGAGACCCCCUAUCCGUGGGGUCAGCCAUGGGGAACGUACGGAGCCGGUGUGUACGGAGGUGCCUGGGGACAUCACGGACUCGCUCAGACUGUGGUGCCAGUGUCGAAGCAGAUCGCGGCUACUCCAGGGUCGGUUCAUGUAGCCGCGGUCCCAGUUGGUGGUGAGAAGGUCGUUGUGGUUUAGUGUUG